AAUAAAAAAAAAAACCUAAUAAAAAAUGGCUGAUGAUAUCAACAAUCAGUACGGCCUCCCUGAUCUCGGCCAACUGGUCUCUGGUAGAACCCACUUUCCGGCGAAUCCACAAGCCGCGGAGUCAUACUUGUUUCACAGGAAUCAUCAGCAUGAGACAGUCAUGUUGCCCGGUGGAUUGGUUAGCUUUGGUCACGAUCAUCAUCACAAUAAUUUUAGUGGCGCAAAUAUUUCUUGCAAUACUUCUGUUUCUGGUGCUGCUGCUUCUGGUUCAGCUCAUAGUUCCAGAUAUGGAGGAGUGGAUAUGGAGAGUGGUGGAUGGAGUUUUGGAAAUGAAGGUGGGAAUUGCCGGUGGCCACGGCAAGAGACGCUUACGCUUCUUGAGAUCAGAUCUCGACUCGAUUCUAAGUUCAAAGAGGCUAAUCAGAAAAAACCGUUGUGGGAUGAAGUCUCAAGGAUAAUGGCGGAGGAACAUGGUUAUCACAGAAGUGAUAAGAAAUGCAGAGAGAAGUUUGAGAAUUUGUACAAGUAUUACAAGAAAACAAAGGAAGGUAAAGCUGGAAGACAAGAUGGAAAAAACUACAGGUUCUUUCGCCAACUUGAAGCCCUCUACGGAGAAACAAGCAAUAAUAAUAAUAAUAAUAAUCAAAUUUCACUGUCGGAAUCCCAUCUUGAUCAUCAUAAUCAUAACAAUUCUAGUCUUCUUUACCAAACUCAAAACAACCAAGAGGCUUUCCCGGAUCAGAGCCUGAGUUUCUCCAACACUUCCGAGUUCGAAACCGCGUCUUCAGAAAACAAUGAUAACGAUGAUCUUUCAGCCAUUGCCUUUAUGAUGAACCAAAAAUCCUUGGAGAAUAAUAAGCAGAAAGGGGCUAGUGAUGGAAGGGUUAAGAAGACUUGGAAGGAGAAGGUUAAGGAGUAUGUAGAUUCACAAAUGCGGAAGCUAAUGGAGUCACAAGAGGCGUGGAUGGAAAGAAUGCUGAAGACUAUUGAAGAUAAAGAGCAAGAAAGAUUGUGUAAAGAGGAAGAAUGGAGGAAUCAAGAGGUGGCUCGGUUUGAUCAAGUGCAUGAAUUUUGGGCUAAAGAGAGAGCUUGGAUUGAAGCGCGAGACGCCGUAGUAAUGGAGGCAUUGAAACAAUACACAGGAAGAGGAUUCGAAGUUUCAUCAUCAUCAGCUGCGGCUAAGAAAAUUCCCAUCAAUAAAUGGAGUGAACCUGAGACUUCAUGUUUGGUACAACUUGUAACAAAAUUCCAAGAAAAUGGAUAUUCGGAUGAAAACCUUUGGGAGGAGAUAGCGGCACAAAUGGCGAGUUUGGGGUAUUUCAGGAGUGCAACUGAUGAUAAGAAAUGCAGAGAGAAGUUUGAGAAUUUGUACAAGUAUUACAAGAAAACAAAGGAAGGUAAAGCUGGAAGACAAGAUGGAAAAAACUACAGGUUCUUUCGCCAACUUGAAGCCCUCUACGGAGAAACAAGCAAUAAUAAUAAUAAUAAUAAUCAAAUUUCACUGUCGGAAUCCCAUCUUGAUCAUCAUAAUCAUAACAAUUCUAGUCUUCUUUACCAAACUCAAAACAACCAAGAGGCUUUCCCGGAUCAGAGCCUGAGUUUCUCCAACACUUCCGAGUUCGAAACCGCGUCUUCAGAAAACAAUGAUAACGAUGAUCUUUCAGCCAUUGCCUUUAUGAUGAACCAAAAAUCCUUGGAGAAUAAUAAGCAGAAAGGGGCUAGUGAUGGAAGGGUUAAGAAGACUUGGAAGGAGAAGGUUAAGGAGUAUGUAGAUUCACAAAUGCGGAAGCUAAUGGAGUCACAAGAGGCGUGGAUGGAAAGAAUGCUGAAGACUAUUGAAGAUAAAGAGCAAGAAAGAUUGUGUAAAGAGGAAGAAUGGAGGAAUCAAGAGGUGGCUCGGUUUGAUCAAGUGCAUGAAUUUUGGGCUAAAGAGAGAGCUUGGAUUGAAGCGCGAGACGCCGUAGUAAUGGAGGCAUUGAAACAAUACACAGGAAGAGGAUUCGAAGUUUCAUCAUCAUCAGCUGCGGCUAAGAAAAUUCCCAUCAAUAAAUGGAGUGAACCUGAGACUUCAUGUUUGGUACAACUUGUAACAAAAUUCCAAGAAAAUGGAUAUUCGGAUGAAAACCUUUGGGAGGAGAUAGCGGCACAAAUGGCGAGUUUGGGGUAUUUCAGGAGUGCAACUGAGUAUAAAGAGAAAUGGGAGAAGAUGAAGAUGUACUUCAAUUUGGCAACAGAGGGUAACAAGAAGCAAAGGCUUGAGAGCAUGGAUUUGUCUGCAAGUUCUUAUGGAGGAACUCAAGUUUUUCACAUGGUAGGAAAUGAAGAUGUGGAGAAUUUGUGGGAGAAGGGAAAGAAUCAUCAUCAAGAGAGAGAGAAUUUAAGGUUUUCUCCAUAGGAAUUUUUUUUAGGCUUUAACUUGUUGAUGAGAAGGUAAG